AUGGCAGCUGCGGAGGAGGAAGUUUUGGGGCUGUUGGUGGGAGCAGUGGACCAGGGUACCACGUCGACGCGCUUUUUGGUUUUCAAUUCAAAAACAGCCGAACUAGUUAGCCAUCAUCAAAUAGAAAUAAAACAAGAGUUUCCAAGAGAAGGAUGGGUGGAACAAAAUCCUAAGGAAAUUCUGUUGUCUGUCUAUGAGUGUAUAGAGAAAACAUGUGAGAAACUUGAACUGCUCAAUAUUGACAGUUCCAAUGUGAAAGCUAUUGGUGUCACCAACCAGAGGGAAACGACUGUAGUCUGGGACAAGAUAACUGGAGAGCCUCUCUAUAAUGCUGUAGUGUGGCUUGAUCUAAGAACCCAGUCUACCGUUGAGAAUUUUAAUAAGAGAAUUCCAGAAACUAAUAAUUUUGUCAAGAUCAAGACAGGCCUUCCAAUUAGCACUUACUUUAGUGCUGUGAAAGUUCGUUGGCUUCUGGACAAUGUAAAAAAUGUUCAAAAGGCUGUUGAAGAAGGUAGAGCUCUUUUUGGUACUGUUGAUUCAUGGCUCAUCUGGAAUCUGACAGGGGGCAUCAAUGGAGGUGUCCACUGUACAGAUGUAACAAAUGCAAGCAGGACGAUGCUUUUCAACAUUCAUUCUUUGGAAUGGGAUAAAGAACUCUGUGAAUUUUUUGAAAUUCCAAUGAAAAUCCUUCCAAAUAUCCGGAGUUCUUCUGAGAUCUAUGGCCUAAUGAGAGCUGGAGUCUUGAAAGGUGUGCCAAUAUCUGGGUGUUUGGGGGACCAGUCUGCUGCAUUGGUGGGACAAAUGUGCUUCCAGGAUGGACAAGCCAAAAACACCUAUGGAACAGGUUGCUUCUUACUAUGUAAUACUGGUCAUAAGUGUGUAUUUUCUGAGCAUGGUCUUCUGACCACAGUGGCUUACAAACUUGGCAGAGAGAAACCUGUAUAUUACGCAUUGGAAGGUUCUAUAGCUAUAGCUGGGGCUCUUGUUUCCUGGCUAAGAGACAAUCUUGGAAUUAUAAACACAACACAUGAAAUCGAAGAACUUGCUAAAGAAGUAGGUACUUCUUAUGGUUGCUAUUUUGUCCCAGCAUUUUCAGGGUUAUAUGCACCUUACUGGGAGCCCAGUGCAAGAGGGAUCAUCUGUGGGCUCACUCAGUUCACCAACAAACGCCAUAUUGCUUAUGCUGCAUUAGAAGCUGUUUGCUUCCAAACACGAGAGAUUUUGGAUGCCAUGAACCAAGACUGUGGGAUUCCACUCAGCCAUCUGCAGGUGGAUGGAGGAAUGACCAGCAACAAAAUUCUUAUGCAGCUACAAGCAGACAUUCUUUAUAUCCCCAUAAUGAAGUCCUCCAUGCCAGAAGUGACUGCUCUAGGAGCUGCCAUGGCAGCAGGGGCUGCAGAAGGAGUUGGUGUUUGGAAUCUGGAACCCGAUAGUCUGUCAGCCCUCACAAUGGAGCGGUUUGAACCCCAAAUCAAGGCUGAGGAAAGUGAAAUUCGUUAUUCUACCUGGAAAAAAGCUGUGAUGAAGUCUAUGGGUUGGGUUACAACAGAGUCUUCAGAAAGCGGUGAUCCUAGUAUCUUUUGUAGUCUACACUUGGGCUUUUUUAUAGUGAGUAGCAUGGUAAUGUUAAUCGGAGCAAGAUACAUCUCAGGUGUCCCAUAA